AUGUCAACAUCCAACAACCAAGAAAAGAACCUAACAGGCAGCUGCGCCUGCGGCUCCUGCACCUACACCAGCACCUCCCCCGCCACACACCUCGACUACUGCUACUGCAUCCAAUGCCAACGAAUCUCCGGCGCACCCUUCAUAGCCUGGAUGGGCGUUCCCCGCUCAACCCUCACCUUCUCCGGCCCCAUCGUGCACGUCCACCUCUCCAAAAUCGCCACCAGAGGGUUUUGCGAGAAGUGCGGGGCGGGCUUGAGUCUGCAGUAUGAGUGUUAUCCCGAGAAGACGCAUGUUGCGGCUGGCACGGUGGUGAGGAGUGAUUUUGGGAUUCCGGAGGUGGGGAUUCAUAUUUUUGUGAAGAGUAGACCGGCGUGGCAUAGGAUCGCGGAGGAUGGGGUGCCGAGGUAUGAGGAGUUUGAUGAGGAGUUUGAGGAGAGGUUUCCUGAGGUAGUGAAGGAAUUGAGGAAGUUGGCUGAAUGA